AUGCCAGUUAUUGAAAUCGACGAUCAAGACCAAUUUACCCACCUAACAACCACUGUAGCAGGUGACAAGUUAAUAGUUCUUUAUUUCCAUACUAGCUGGGCAGAACCAUGCAAGGCAUUGAAACAAGUGUUUGAAGCCAUCAGUAAUGAACCCUCCAACACUGGCGUCUCCUUUUUAUCUAUUGAUGCCGAUGAAAACUCAGAAAUUUCAGAGCUCUUCGAAAUCUCAGCUGUUCCAUAUUUUAUCUUAAUCCAUAAGGGAACCAUUUUGAAAGAGUUGUCCGGUGCAGACCCAAAGGAGUUUGUGUCUUUAUUGGAAAACUGCAAGUUGUCAAUAAAUCCAAAAUUGGCACAAACUGGUACGAUUACUGAAGACGCAAACGUGAACGAAGAAAACCAGAAUGAAGAUGAUGAAGACGACGACGAAGAGGAGGAGGAGGAGGAAACUGAGGAUCAAAUAAACGCAAGAUUGACUAAGUUGGUUAAUGCUGCUCCAGUAAUGCUAUUCAUGAAGGGAAGCCCCUCAGAACCAAAAUGUGGGUUUUCAAGACAGCUCGUGGGCAUUUUAAGAGAACAUGAAGUAAGAUUCGGUUUCUUCGAUAUAUUAAGAGAUGAUGCUGUUAGACAAAAUUUGAAGAAGUUUUCUGAAUGGCCUACUUUCCCUCAGCUGUACAUGAACGGGGAGUUCCAGGGUGGUCUAGAUAUCAUCAAGGAGUCCUUAGAAGAAGACCCUGACUUCUUGCAGCAUACUCUUCAAACUUAA